AUGCUGGCUUCACAACCCUCUACUUCCAUCUUGGCAGCUAUGCCCCUCUCGGGCGCUCUCUUGUUGCUGAUUCUGUUUGUUGCGGUCCUCCCCUGGGUGCUGGUCGACCGACGUCUGCGAAGUAUUCCCGGUCCUGCCCUGAAUCCCUACGUUGGGCUUGGAAUUCAGCUGCCCCCAGACACCCUGACGAAGUUCCGCUACUGGGCAAUGCAGUAUGGGGAGGUGUUUCGUGUCCAGGUCGGAUGGCAUCAUUGGGUGGUCCUGAACAGCCCAGAGGCCGUCAAGGCAGUGUUCGACAAGCAGUCUGUUUCAACCUCAUCCAAACUACCCAUGCCUAUGUCCGACGUGGUUGUCGGCGGUAGACGCAUGCCAACCAUGUCGUACGGUCCCAAAUGGAGGGCAUACCGCCAGCUCUGCCACCGCAUCCUGACAGCCAAGGCAGUCGAGUCCUUCAUCCCAUACCAGACUGUAGAGAUAUCGCGCCUGCUACACGACCUCGCAACGGAUAACACAGAAGAAGCCGCCUUCUACAAGCACAUCCACCGCAUGCUCUUCUCGACCCUCAUGCGCGCCGUCUACGGCCGUCCCGCGACCAGCGUCAACGACGAGGACAUUCGCUACACCGAGCAGAGCGCCAAACUGCUCUCUAAGAUCCAGCAGCCUGGCUACUUUGUCGAGGACCUGAUUCCCCCCUUGGCCAGCUUGCCGAUCUGGGCGCAACCGUCGUACAAGGCCGCGGCGCGCGACGCCGAAUGGAUCCUCUGGGUCAAAAUGCGCAUGUGGAACCGCCUCAAGGCGCAAUUCACCGGCGAUGCCGCCGCCGAGACCUCUUGUUACGCGAAGCAGAUGAUCGAGUCAGACUUUAAAGAGCAGGGUCUCGAGGAGGAGGACCUCGCUUGGAUCGCAGGCGGCCUCGUCGACGCAGGCUCGGCCACGUCCACCGCCACCUUUCAUAACCUCGUCCUCUACCUUGCAGCCUACCCGGAUGUCCAGGCCACCGCGGCGAAGGAGAUCGCGGCCGUUGUCGGGGACGACCGCGCCCCGGCCAUGUCUGAUGUAUCGCGUCUCCCCUAUGUUUGGGCCUGCGUCAAGGAGGUCCUGCGCCGCAAUACGAUGCCGCCGUGGGCGAUCCGCCACUUCACCGACGCCGACGUAACGUACAAGAACUUCGUUAUUCCCAAAGGCACCGCUAUAGUGUGUAACACGGUAGCGCUGCACUUCGACGCAGAGCGGUACCCGGACCCGUUUGCGUUCCGGCCUGAGAGGUACCUCGGCCAUACAAAGUUCGCCGGCGAUUACGCUGCCAUGGCCGACGCUCAGGCGCGGGAUCACUGGACUUUUGGCGCUGGGAGGAGGGUAUGUCCCGGCACGCGGCUCGCCGAGAGCAACCUGGCUCUGAUGCUGGCCAAUGUCCUGUGGGCGUUUGAGAUCCGGCCGCCGACGAGCGCCGAGAAGGGCGGAAAGGCCUCGGCUAUGGACGUGUCGGAAGACGCUUUUGACAUGUAUCCCCUCCGCCACGCCAAGCCGUUCAAGGCGAAGUUUAUGCCGAGGAAUGACGCCCGUCUGCGCUUGGUGUUGCAAGAGGGCUCGACGACUGAGGCCGCGUUUUGA